GUGAGGUGCGCUGCGAUUGGCUGAACCCUGUGUUUGGUAUGAAGGUGCUUUGCUCUGCUGAGGUAGAGUGUCGCCCUUGCCGUUGUACAGGUUUAUAACGAAGUUAUACAUCAGUUGCCUGUUUAACCAAAUAACAGCUUAGUUUAAGUUGUAAUGUACUCAAGCAAUACUUAUUCUUUUGGUGAAUGAAGAAGCAGAUUUUUUUGGACGUACGUGUUUUGUGAAAAGGCACACUGAAAACAGCAGAACAUCAGACUUAAUCCCUGGCAUGGAGCUCCGGGAGGAAUGGCAGGAUGAGGAGUUUCCCAGACCACUUCCAGAGGACACACAUAGUCCUGGUGAUGAAGAGGAAAGUGCUGGAGCAGAGGGAAAAAAGCCUGCCCCUCCCACCAGCCUGGCCCUUACAGGGAAUACAGUCAGAAAGAAGCGACUAGUGGCACCGACUCUGAGUCUAACAUUGGAUAAAACCUCCACUGACCGGAGCCUGAAAUCAGAUGAGUUUGAAGCUUCUGCCCUUUCACCGUCUCCUGAUGAUGACCUAGACAUGGACAUUAACCUGGAGGCCUUAGAAACGCCUUCAGACAGCGAGUCCUACAACUUCCCAGAAAGCAUGCAUGACUUAGAAUGGGAAGAUGAUCUUCCACGCAUGGGUAAAGCAUCGAUCAGAAAACCCAGUUUACUAGAGCAUGCAGAGAUGGGACACUUGGAGUUGGAUCAAGUAGACGAUUAUGGCAGACGAUGGAGACAUUUCCAUAUUGGCGGACAAGACUAUCAAGUCAACAUGAGCGUUUUGGAGCCAUACCUCCAAGUACUCUCACAUGGAGGGUACUAUGGAGACGGAUCGACGGCUAUCAUCAUGUUUACCUCCUGCUACCUUCCGGAAAAUACAACAGAACACUAUGAGUAUGUGAUGGACAACCUGUUCAGGUACAUCAUUGGCACAUUGGACUUGAUGGUGUCUGAGAAUUACAUUUUGGUGUAUCUGUGUGGAAUGGCUCCUCGCAAUAAGAUGCCCGGCAUUAAGUGGCUGCGACAGUGUUACAUGUCCAUUGACAGAAGGUUAAGGAAAGACUUGAAAGGGCUGUUUGUGGUUCAUCCGGCCUGGUAUGUUAGAGCGCUGAUCACGUUCAUCAAACCCUUCAUCAGUGAGAAGUUCAGCAGGAAGAUGCGCUUCAUCCACAGCCUGCAGGAACUGGCAGAGUUUGUUCCUGUGGAGCAGCUGCAAAUCCCAGACUGCAUCAGAGAGUAUGAUACGCAGCUGAACAGGUGAAGGUGUUGCUGAUGGAGCGAGAGCGCUGGUGUUUAUACUGUACAGGUCACAUGCGUGUGGGAUUCAGAACAGCCUGAGGUCAAAGGUCAAAGCUUUAGGGCAAAUGACAGAAACACAGCUUCCUAACAGACAGCACUCUUUGAGGAAAUACAAAACAGCCAGUGUUGUCCUUCAGAGAGCUGUGUGCAGCUGUGUGUGUCAGGAGAGAUCUCAAGCCUUUAAACUGUUACACAAAAACACACACAAUCCUCUACUGUUUGCCCAGAACUUAGAAAAUGACUUUAUUAUACAGCCCUGACUUCUCCUAAAAGAUAUUAUCUUCAAGAAUGAGAGGUUAAACACACAUUUUCACUAAAUAUAUACAAAACUUGUGGUGAAUGUUCCCAGAUUAAGGGUAUAUAUUAUUUAAAAUACGGUUUCAUUGUGUUGCUUCAUGGUCCUUUUUUAAUUAUUUGCACUAAAUUAUUACUAAAUAUCAUUGUAACUAAGUAUAUACUUAUAAAAAGUUGAAUCAUUUAAAAUCCAUAUGAAUCACAAUUCGUUAAUGACUUAAAGUUUCCAUAACACUUUACAAUAAGGUUAUAUUAGUUAAUGCAUUUACUAACAUGAACAAACAGUCAACAAUACAGUCAAUUAAUUACAGUGCUUGUUACUGUUAAUUAAAGAAAACAGUUGUUCAUUGUUACUGUGCACUGAACUAAUUCUAACAAGCAUGUUAAUAAUCCAUUAGAAAAUGAUGAACUGUGAUUAAUAAAUGUUGUAUAAGUAUUGUAUAUUAUUGGUUUGUGUUAAUUGAUGCAUUAACUAAUGAAAUCUUACUGUAAAGUGUGACCAAGUUUUCAAACUACAACACUACCUGACUAAAGUCUUGUCGUCUAUCUAAGGUUUAGGAACAACAAAUAAUAAGUUGACUUCUAGUUGAUCAUUUGGUAUCAGAAGUGGCUUAUAUAAAGGGCAAAGGUCUCUAGAUUAUGCUUAUUUACCAAAAUAAAAUAUGAUCAUGCCUUGAUUUUAAUGAUUUAAUUAGGACAGUAAGGUCUGACUUUUAGGCAAAAGUCUUGUCAUUUAACAGAAAUAAUGUACAGAGUAGAAUAUAAAGUCAUGCUGCAGUGGAAACAGAAUGAAUAUUGUGUAUGACUCCCAUGAGCUUGGAGGACUGCAUCCAUACAUCUCUGCAAUGACUCAAAUAACUUAUUAACAAAGUCAUUUGGAAUGGUAAAGAAAGCGUUAUUGCAGGACUCCCAGAGUUCAUCAAGAUUCUUUGGAUUCAUCUUUAAUGCUUUCUCCUUCAUCUUACCCCAGACAUGCUCAAUAAUGUUCAUGUCUGGUGACUGGGCUGGCCAAUCCUGGAGCACCUUGACCUUCUUUGCUUUCAGGAACUUUGUUUGGAGGCUGAAUUAUGAGGAGCGCUAUCCUGCUGAAGAAUAUGCCCUCUCCUGUGGUUUGUAAUGUAAUGGGCAGCACAAAUGUCUUGAUACCUCAGGCUGUUGAUGUUGCCAUCCACAUAUUAAAUGUAACCCCAAACUAUCACUUUUCCUUGACCCAACUUGACUGAUUUCUGUGAGAAUCUUGGGUCUGUGUGGGUUCCAAUAGGUCUUCUGCAGUAUUUGUGUUGCAGUUUAACAGAUAAUUCCUCGUAAAAUCUACCUUCUGCCACUUUUCCAAUUAAUCAGCUAGAAGUCAGGAUAUUAUUUGUUGCUCUUACAACAGAGAUCGACGACAAGUCUUUUGUCAUGUAGUGUAUCUGGCUGUUUUCAUCAAAUUCUAAUCUGGAUUUGGAUCUUUUUUCUAAUUUGUGAUGUAUCUUGUUUUUAUAUAUGUGUUCUGUAAAAUACACUGUGCUUAAGCUUCAAGUUCACUAACUUCUAAUGUAAAAUAAGCAAGUUAUUACUAACAAAAGUGUGUAAAACUACUGAAAAGAGUCAAGUUUGGUAUAUUCUUGUAUAUAGCUGUUACAUGUAUAACUGGUCUUGGAAUAUAGUAUAGAAGAUUGCUGCUGCUGCCUGUAAAGUGGCCUAUUGAAUGUGCUUUCAUUUAAUAGAGUCCUAUGUGCAAAUAUUUAUACAAGGCCACACUUGAACAACCCGAGCUUUUAAACUGCACAUGUACUCCAUACUACAUGAAUGUCUUGUCUACGGUAUUUAAGGAAAUAAAGGGUUUUAUGAAACA